CGUGUGGAGAGAGGGGCGGCCGGGCUCCCUGGACCCGGACGGCCCCCGGCUGGGCAGGAGGCUGGGGCCAGGGGCCGGCCAUGUCCGCUCGCGCCCCGGUGCCCGCCGCUGCCACCCGGGAGGACCCGCCCGCCGUGGCCGGAGACCGGGACGCGCUGUUGGCAGCGACGAGCCGGCGGGCGGNGCAGCCGGCGCCCGGCGAGCGGGAGGGCAAGGANNCGAGGGAGGAGCGGGCNGCGGCCGCCACCAGCGCGGGUGCGCGGGGAGAGCCGUCGCCGGCGCUCGUGCUGGGACACAGCGUGCCGCAAGCGGCCGUGCCCGUGAGGCCGCUGGCGCUGCACCUGGCGCACAAGGCGCGUGCGCCCGGGGGUCCCUUCGGCGGGGAGGCUCCGCCGCUGCCGCCGCCGCCUCCGCCGCCGCCGCCACCACCACCACCAACGCCGCUGCCGCCGCCAGCACCGCGGGACCCACCGGAGGACGCCCGCGAGGACCCAGCGGCAGCCGGCCCCGAGGACAAGCCGCCGCCGCCUCCGCCAAAGGGGAACCCGUGGAUCAAGAAGCUGCCGCAGCACCUGUCCAACGUGGGCACCGGCGUGCCGCCGCCGGCUCAGGACUCCCCGGAGGCCGAACUCAGUUCCCCCAAAAUUAUAAAAGCGGGAAAACUCAAGACAAAGAAAUCCAACAAGGCUAGUGACUUCAGUGAUAUGGCAAACUGGCCAACACCAGGUGAAUUGGUUAACACGGGGUCUCAGAGUGUUAUCAACCAAGGAAAUAAAAAGCCACAAAUUAGAAAAGAAAAAGAAGAGAAGAUUGAAAAAAGAAGCAACAGUGAGAGCAAAGAGAACCGGGAAGCAAAACUAGAUGGUCCUACUGAGAACAUCAGCGAGGAUGAGGCUCAGUCAAGCAGCCAGAGGAAGAGAGCUAAUAAGCACAAAUGGGUACCACUCCACUUAGAUGAUGUGAGACCAGACAGCCAGGAAAGACCUGGGUCCCGGAACAGCUCUAGAUGUCAACCUGAAGCAAAUAAACCAACGCACAGUAAUAGGAAAAGUGAUACACGAAGUUGGAGACGGGAGAGAGAAAAGAGAGAUGAUCAAGAUGAAGUAUCCAGUGUGAGAAGUGAGGGUGGUACCAUCCGAGGUUCCACUAGAGGUCGGGGAAGAGGCCGGGGCCGAGGAAGAGGCCGAGGUCGAGGAAACCCUAGAUUGAACUUUGAUUAUUCAUAUGGUUAUCGAGAGCCGGGGGAAAGGACUGAGCAGCCAUUGCCUACGGAGAUUAAUGCCAGCAUGAUGUUUUACUAUGAUGAUGGCACAGGUGUGCGCGUGUAUCCUGUAGAAGAAACACUGCUUAAAGAGUACAUUAAGCGCCAAAUUGAGUAUUACUUCAGCACAGAGAACUUGGAACGGGACUUCUUUCUUCGAAGAAAGAUGGAUGAGCAGGGGUUCCUGCCCAUUUCCCUGAUUGCUGGUUUUCACCGUGUGCAGGCUCUCACCACAAACCUUAAUCUCAUCUUGGAGGCACUUAAGGACAGCACAGAAGUAGAAAUCGUGGAUGAGAAAAUGAGGAAGAAGAUAGAACCAGAAAAAUGGCCAAUUCCAGGCCCUCCUCCACGAAAUGUGCCACAAACAGACUUCUCUCAGUUGAUUGAUUGUCCGGAGUUCAUACCUGGCCAGGCCUUUGGCUCCCACACAGUCAGGGUGAUGAUCUACUGAUGCUCUUGGAUGUCAUAUGAUCGGAAUAUACAGUGGAGUAGGUGACUCCCUGAAAUACCAUGUAAAUAUGAGAGCAAAUCGUGCUGCAGAAGUGAGCGUGACCACACUGUCUUCUGUGCAAGAAUGUCUACGCCCACCCACCCCCUUGUGGAGAAGGUUGGGCCAGCCUGCAGUGGAGAAAACCACCUUUACCAUAAUGAUGUGAGACAGACCGGAGGACUGCGGUUACUGUAGGGGCUUCUCCUUUCUAUGUCAUUAGCUUAGGCUGCACGGGCUACUUCAUUCAUGGUGGGAAAGUUAAUUGUUAUCAUUGGGGAAAUACUGCAAAUUUUAUCUUUUGUUUCCAGGCAUUUAUACUUUGCCCAGAUCAAUAAAGCAGAAAAAGAGAGGAUUGAGUAGCAUUUCCAAAAUUGUUAGGUCCUUUGCUAUCUGACUUGCUCUUUAAUAUAGUAUACUUUGCAUAACUCACAUGUUGUCAUUUUUCACAUGUACUAUAAGAUGUAUUAAUGUGAAUACUUAAGGGGUAAGAAAUUUAAGUUAAAUAAAUAAGGGCAUUUUUCCUUUAUGCUUCA